AACGCCUAAGUAAAAUCCUUAGCUCGUAAGGAAAGAUCGCAGUGCAGUUUGAAAAAUUGGUAUAUCUUUACAUUUUUACGAAAAAAGAGAGCACUUGAAGAAAAUCAGAGAGCGGCAAUAACUAUUGCAAAUUCUUUGUGAAGAUAUUUGAUUGUAAAAGGCUGUGCUCAACUCUAUUAACGUCCAAUAAUGACGACAGUGGCCACAGUAUUAGCUCCCGGUCAUUUCUACCCUACCAGAAAAGGUGCUGACCAUUUGUCUCCAACCUACCAGUCCAGCGUCCUCCAUACACCACUGAAUACAAGACGUAUAACGGCGUGCGACAAAAAUUUUGAACGCCAUCGAUCAACAUCAGUAUGGGAGCCCAAUACCCCUAUGGGUAUGGGCCGAGAGUACGGCGGCAUGGGGCGCGUUAGUCUUCCAGAUGAACACAGGCCCAAGUGUGAACCUCCCNAGUCUAAGCCGCAACAGUAG